AUGUCUUCCAGCCAAACACAGCAGUCGGACACCCGACAACUCCGACACGUUGCCGAUAGACCAGCCAGCGAGAGCGAUGACCCGGAACAUAAAUCCGACUAUCAGUCUUCAGAUGAGCCCAGCCUGAAUCAGAAUGAAGCGGAGCUCUCUCAUUAUCUUCAUUACGAAGACAACGCCUGUUUCUUCGCACCGGACUGGCAGAACCGCUGUGCGAUAGACUUCGGUAUGUCGGCCAUGGUCUUCAUGCAGUUCUCUAAAUGCUGGACUGAGACUAAGGACAGGAUGUGGUGA